GCAAAGAUGGCGGACGCCAGGAGUGAAUUCCACGUGUGGUUGUGUUCACGAUUAAAAAGUCUAAAUCUUGACGAAGAAGUUCUCGGAGAAUACAUCUCAGGCAUUUUAGAUGGCGAUGAUUCGACUCAUGAAGAAAAAUACGAAGCCUUGCAGGAAACAAUGGAAGGAAUGAUGGAGUCGCCUGAUGCGAAUGUUACUUUAAGUAUAUUUGAAAAGUGGAAGGAAUUUGAAGAUCAGAAAGAAAAACUCAAACAAGAGAAGAACCAGAAAGAAGAUAUUCUGGCUGCAGUUGUGGAGAAACAUACCAAAGCAACAAACGUCAACAAGAAACCAUCACAUCAACUUGAUGAAGAUGUUAAAAAGAGUUUGAUUGCACAAUAUGGACAGGAAUCUGAUGAAGAUUACUAUUCAAGCAGUGGUGAGGAGACCCAGACAAAUAAAACACAACAAUUAGAAAAGGCUUUAGGAUUAUUUGAGAACACAAAUGCCAAGUCUGUUUUGGAUAAAGAAAAGGAGAAACGCGACAAGCAACGACAGGAGAAUGAAGAUAAGAAGGUGAAGAACAAGGAAGACCGGGAAAAACAAAAGGCAAAAGUGGAACAAAGAAAAGACAAGGAGAAAAAACGAACUCAAAAGGGGGAGAGAAGGAGGUAGCAUAAGCAUUAUGAAAUCGGAUUUCAGCCAAGGCCUUUAAUUGGCUAAGAACAAUUUCUUUUGAAAACUAAAAUGAAAAAUGAUAUUAUGAGAAGAGUUAAUUAUAUUGUUAGUAAAAUCACUGAUCUGAUUUACACUGGUUGUAGCAACUGCAUAAAAAUUAGCCAUAGUCAACCCCCAUUAGCUUGCAAUGCACCCAGAUGAACCUUGCUUUACUUAGUACUUAAUUCUGUCUAAUAUCAGAUUUUACUCAUCAUUAGAAGAGUAAUGUCAGUUGAUGAGUUAACAAAACUAUCUAUGAUUUUGCUCAUCAGUGGAAGGAUACUGUCAGUUAAUGACUUUUGAUGACCCAAUGAAGAUAAUUGCUACAUCAUGUGAAAUCCAGAAAGAGUGUUUUCAAGUUAUAAUGACGUAUUAUAAUAUCGUCAGCUUGUUAUUGUUUAUUUAGAGGGCCAAUAUGGAGGUAGUAUUUAUUUGUAAUUUUUUAUCAGUAUAGUUGUUUAUACCAAGUGUAUUAUCAGAUCAGGGAUGAGAAUGGGCAAUUUUUUUAAAAGUGCCCCAGAGAGUUUUUUUAUGGGAACUACAUCAAACAUCCUUCCCAAAAGUGGAAUUACUAGUGGAAUAUACCCUCGUUAUCACACGCACGAAAACGAGGCUUGUACUAUACAUAAUUAAUUGUUGAUGUCUACAAAAAGUUAUUACCGAUAUUUGGGUCCCCUGUCUAAACAGUCUGAAGUGUGGCAAUAUUUCUUGGGGGGGAAUAUGUUUAUUUAAUAUUUUCUAAUAACAAGUGCCAUAAAAACAAAUCAAUAGACUUUGUAUAUUUGUUGAAAAGGAAGUGUUAAUUUUGCCCUCUACUCCAUAAUGGUGUGAAAAUGUGAUAGCGUGAAGUAGAUUUCUUAAGGACGAAUUUUACAUAAGCAUCGAUUUGCAUCUUCAAGUAUUCAUCGCGUGUGGAACAGCUGUAAGCCGGCAUGACCCUAAUCGUGUUUUGAACUUGUUAAUAAAGAUCGAAACACAGCUUGUGUUUGCUGUUCAAUUAACACUACGUCGUUUUAAAAAGGGAACUUGUGUUAAAAGGCAAGAGUAUGGAUGAAAAUCCACGGUUAUUGGUGCGGUCUUUGAGGAGAAGUCGAAGCGGAAAACUAGCAUUACAAACGGCGAUAAUUCAUUUGUGUUGUUCCGUUGUCUGUAUUAUAAUCGGGAUUUUUUCAAUGGCGAUAGUAAAAAGUCGGACAAUCGAGCAAGUUUAUGGACUGCCUUUGUGGAUUGGUCUGUUGCUGCUUUUAACUGGGUUCUCUGGGGUCCAAUGUCAUGUAAAGAAAACAAAAAUCUUCGCAGGACUAUAUAUGGUGUUGUCCUUGCUCUCCAUGUUCACCAAUCUUAUUGGCAUCGCUUGGAUGUUGAGCACAAUGAAAAAAUCCGAAGUUGUUGUCAUAUGUUUGGUUUGCGUGUCAACAUUCGACAUGGGUAUUGCGUGCUUGUCCACCGCCAUGGGAUGCAACAUAUUACUAGAAGACUGCAAAAUAUGCAAGCAUCAUGGAAGAGGCAGGAGUGCUGAUGACUCUCCAAACAACACAACUCCAUUGUCCAGACCAUGUGUUGAAUUACAUCAGGAUACUGAUAGACAAGACUCACAGGAGAAUGUUCAUGUGUCAACUCGACCAACAAGACAGGCUCGAUACACACGACCCAGGCCUGGGGAUGAACCCCCACCAUACUCUGAAGUCUUGGGGCCACCUCCACCAUAUUCCCCACCUUCCACAAUAGUAUAAAUUUACUGUACAGUUCUCCCAUAUUUCAAAGUACCAACCUGCACCAUGAGGUCAUAUUCCUAGGGGUGUGUUGCCCCUUGCCCUUUUUAUUUACCCCCAUGUUAAUAUUCUCAGGGUAUACCCCCCAGCUGAGCUUAUUAUCCCCCAUCUCCCAAAAAACCAAGCAAUGUUUUUUAUAUAUAAUCGUAACAUAGAAUACUUUAACAUCAUUAAGGAGAAAUAUUGUAAUUUGGAAAUAACAAACGCUACAGCAUGAUAUAAAGUUGUAUAUAUAUAGACUUAUUGAAUAUUG